AUCGUAGCGUAACCGCUGUUCCGUCUUCUCUGGGACCUAAUAAUAAUACUGCUAUGUACAACGACAACCGACUAUCUAUUUCAUCGAACUCUGGUUCUGGUCAUACAUCCGUUGAUCCAUUCAUGGUGCUACGCCAAUCAAAUCUCGUCGCCUUUUUGCCGGACAGUAACCAACCAUCUGCGUCAUCACUCCCGUAUAUCAACCCAUUGGAAACUUUACUUAACAGUAAAGUGGAGCAAGAUGAGACCGUUAUUGUCGAAGAAAUACAAGAUUGCGAUUCGGCGGUUGUAAUGAAGCAAGGAUCAAUAAUGGAAGAAUUGAUUGAAGGCAUUUCCGAUGAAGAGAACAUAUCACCAAACACAUCAGUGAAAAGAUCGGUAGCAGAGGAAGAUGUAAAACUCACCAAAAGCGAAAAACGUCACGCAUCGACAGAGAUGAAAUUUCGUACUUUCAGUGUGAAUUGGACGAAAAUCGGUGACAAUAUUAUUGGGCAGUUGAAUCGUUUGCAAGAGUUUCGAGACCAAAAUCCCGACAAAAGUAUUCCUCGCGGUGUUCAGUUCCCCAAAUCUGAUAUGACCACUUUGACGAAUAAUAUCGUCGAUCAAAUGCGUUGCAUUGAUACCGAAAUAUCAGCGUGUACGAUGGAAUCAGUUGCACGGCAAGUUCACUCGAAAUACUCGGGUCUAAAUUUCAUAGACGAUGAUGGAUGCAUUAAUCAUAAUAGUCAUGUUGCAUUGAAGCAUAAACUUAUCAACCGAAAUUCUUACUUGAACCGUUUCAAGGAUCCGGAUGCGAAGCUUUCAGUCGCCGAGGUUCGUAGGAAAAAUGUGAAAGCCGGCACACUCAAAGAGUAUUGGACGGCGGUUUCUAAAGACUGUUCCAAGGACAUCGUAGGGAAACUUGUCAGAAACGAUCCGAAAGUAUUGAACGAUGAGUUUCUCUCAGUCUCUCAGUCAUACGUGCGAUUUCGGUUGGAUGAACCAAAGAACCUUAAGGAUAUUGUUACUGGUCUUCCCAUUCUUCGCCGACGACAACUUAUAAGCUACCAUUUCGAGAAAGCAACAGGCGUGCCUAUGGACACAUUCGAGAAGCUAUUUGUGGGUAAACGAACGAAAAUUGUUGACUUUUUGAAAAGUCGACCAAAAAUCGGACUGGAUCAUACACCUUCGGACUACGACAUCAUUGCGUCAUUGUGCUCUUUGCUCGGGGAAAAUGUCAACGAACUCAUCAUUCAGAAAGAAAUCUUGGCAAUAAUGGCCACGUAUUCUACGUAUUUGCGGAACAAGUUCGCCUCACCGGGGUCGAACGACGUCAUCACCGCGGUUGGUGAGUUGUUGGCGGUGCAUUACAUUUAUAAUUUGAUGUAUAUGAAAUGCACCUCCAAGUUUUUGGAGUUGGUGCAAUCCUACUUCUUCAAAAUUAUUCCGAUAACAGGAUCUAAGUCCAAGGCAACUAGAAAAAGCAAACAACAGCGUCUGGUUCAGAGCGUCAUUGAAGCGAUUUCGAACCAUGUGCCGGCCGCAUCAUAG